UUACUGAGGAGUUGGCAACACUCCCUCUGUUGUAGUGGUGGAACAGGAAGUUCCGGGAAGGCGCCAUAAUUGUGUGGUAAAGACGAUAUAUUUUGUGUCUAUUAUUACAGGCCGACUCAGAUUAAGUCUGAGGAGGGUAACAUCAACAGUGAGAACAAACCCAGCCUGCCUCUCUCCUUCCACACUGAGUCCAAACCUACAGUCACUGGGUCCUGAUUGUGACAGUGGAGCCCAGUUUUUACAGCAGGAUCCAGAGAUGGCAUCAGUGAAGCUGGAGGACUGCAGUCAAACACCGGAGCUGAAUGUCAACAUUAAAGAUGAAGAAGAGGAGGAGGAGAUUGGGACAUCUGUUUAUCAUGGCCGACUCAGGUCAAGUCUGAGGCCAGUAACAUCAACAGUGAGAACAGACCCAGCCUGCCUCUCUCCUUCCACACUGAGUCCAAACCUACAUUCACUGGGUCCUGAUUGUGACAGUGGAGCCCAGUUUGCACUGCAAGAUCCAGAGAUGGCAUCAGUGAAGCUGGAAGACUGCAGUCAAACACUGGAGCUGAAUGUCAACAUUAAUGAUGAAGAAGAGGAAGAGGAGAUUGGGACAUCUGUUUCUCAUGGAGACCAUGUUGAGACAUUCUCUACAUCCAGAGAGCAACAGCAGGAAGAUCACAGAGCUAAGAGGUCUCACCACCUCCCACAUUGUGAGAUUUUCCCAAUUCUAUCAAAGCUAAAAAUACACCUAAAAAUACACACAGGAGAGAAUCUGAAUUCCUGUACUGACUGUGGGAAGAGAUUCACAACAUCACAAGCUCUGAAAAUUCAUCAGAAAGUGCACAUUGGAGAAAAGCCUUACUCCUGCUCUGACUGUGGGAAGAGUUUCUCCCGAUUGGAAAGGUUAAAAAGUCACCAACUAAUACACAGAGAGAAGCCAUUCUCCUGCUCUGACUGUGGCAAAUGUUUCAAAACAUCAACUGAGGUAAAAGUUCAUCAGAGAACACACACAGGAGAGAAGCCUUACUUCUGCUCUGCCUGUGGAAAGAGGUUCUCCCGAUUGGAUACCUUAAAAGUACAUGAACGUGUACAUACAGGAGAGAAGCCAUACUCUUGCUCUAACUGUGGAAAAUGCUUCACCACAACAUCUGAUCUAACAGUUCAUCAGAGAAUACACACAGGAGAGAAGCCUUACUUCUGCUCUGACUGUGGUAAGUGCUUCAAAACAUCAACUGAGGUAAAAGUUCAUCAGAGAACACACACAGGAGUGAAGCCUUACUUCUGCUCUGACUGUGGGAAGAGAUUCACAACAUUGCAAGCUCUGACAAUUCAUCAGAGAGUGCACACUGGAGAGAAGCCUUACUCCUGCCUGCACUGUGGGAAAAGUUUCUCCCGAUUGGAUAAGUUAAAAAGUCACCAACUAAUACACAUAGCGAAGCCAUUCUCCUGCUCUGACUGUGGUAAGUGCUUCAAAACAUCAACUGAGGUAAAUGUUCAUCAGAGAACACACACAGGAGUGAAGCCUUACUUCUGCUCUGACUGUGGUAAGUGCUUCAAAACAUCAACUGAGGUAAAAGUUCAUCAGAGAACACACACAGGUGAGAAGCCUUACUUCUGCUAUGCCUGUGGAAAGAGGUUCUCCCGAUUGGAUACCUUAAAAGUACAUGAACGUGUACAUACAGGAGAGAAGCCAUACUCUUGCUCUAACUGUGGAAAAUGCUUCACCACAACAUCUGAUCUAACAGUUCAUCAGAGAAUACACACAGGAGAGAAGCCUUACUUCUGCUCUGACUGUGGUAAGUGCUUCAAAACAUCAACUGAGGUAAAAGUUCAUCAGAGAACACACACAGGAGUGAAGCCUUACUUCUGCUCUGACUGUGGGAAGAGAUUCACAACAUCACAAGCUCUGACAAUUCAUCAGAGAGUGCACACUGGAGAGAAGCCUUACUCCUGCUCUGACUGUGGAAAAAGUUUCUCCCGAUUGGAUAAGUUAAAAAGUCACCAACUAAUACACAUAGCGAAGCCAUUCUCCUGCUCUGACUGUGUUAAGUGCUUCAAAACAUCAACUGAGCUAACAGUUCAUCAGAGAACACACACAGGAGAGAAGCCUUACUUCUGCUCUGCCUGUGGAAAGAGUUUCUCCCGAUUGGAUAUCUUAAAAGUACAUGAACGCGUUCAUACAGGAGAGAAGCCAUACUCUUGCUCUGACUGCGGAAAAUGCUUCACCACAACAGCUGGUGUAACAGUUCAUCAGAGAACACACACAGGAGAGAAGCCUUACUCCUGCUCUGACUGUGGUAAGUGCUUCAAAACAUCAACUGAGCUAACAGUUCAUCAGAGAACACACACAGGAGUGAAGCCUUACUUCUGCUCUGACUAUGGGAAGAGUUUCUCCCAAUUGGAAAAGUUAAAAUGUCCCCAGCGAAUACAUAUAGACAGUCUCACUUCUGCUCUGACUGUGGGAAGAGUUUCCGAUUUAGAUACCUUUUAAAAUGUCACCAGCGUAUACAUACAGGAGAGAAGCCUCAUCAGUUCUCUCAGACCAGCUAAGAGUAAAGUCAUUACAUCACUUCAUUCUCAUCUCAUAAAUGAAGUGGUAACAGUGAAUUUGAUAACAUUUAAGAAAGAAUAAAACACUAUUGGGAUCCUAUUGUUUCUCACUGUGAGAGAACUGUGCAGAGGAAAGGGAAUGUUAUAGAAUGUUAGCCUCUCUUUACUGAUCAGUGUGCAUCUUGUCAGUUUUGGUGUGUUUUGUUAGCUUCUACUGUAGAGAUAUUGAGAUGACCUUGGAUUUGCCCAUAGGGUUGAAUAUCCUACGAGGCUUCUUACGUUGAAACAAUGUAGUCUGACUGUUGACUGUGUUGUACUCUGUGGGAAUGAGUUAGUAGAUACAACAUGUGUCAGAUAGAGAUGGUGUGAUGAUCAGUUUUCUGUGGGAAUGAGUUAGUAGACACAACAUGUGUCAGAUUGUGAUUUUCUGUGGGAAUGAGUUAGUAGAUACAACAUGUAUCAGAUAGAGAUGAUGUGAUGAUCAGUUUUCUGUGGGAAUGAGUUAGUAGAUACAACAUGUAUCAGAUAGAGAUGAUGUGAUGAUCAGUUUUCUGUGGGAAUGAGUUAGUAGAUACAACAUGUAUCAGAUAGAGAUGGUGUGAUGAUCAGUUUUCUGUGGGAAUGAGUUAGUAGAUACAACAUGUAUCAGAUAGAGAUGAUGUGAUGAUCAGUUUUCACCAUUUAGUUGAUUUUUUUUUUUUUUUUUCACUACUAAGCAAUUUUUGUUUAGUGAUAUACAUACUUUGAAACGAUAAACAUGUUUAUUAAAUUGUCUUAAAUAGAUGUAUUAUUUUCGUCAUUGAUGAAUGUAUUUGGAUGUCUGCAUUAAACUUAAUUGAUGUGCGAAUGAAAAAUAAAUAUUCUACUUGAA